AAAGAUAUCUGAAUAUAUAUUUUCGCGUGUGUGUUGUUCUCUAUACCCCUCACCCUCUUUUCUUCCUUAUCUCCGCCUCUUAGGGUUUCUAUCGAAAAGGUUGAAACAUGGCGGACGAAUCUCACUACUCCUCCGAUUCCUACUCCAACAAACGGAAAUACGAAGAGCAAACCGCUCCUCCUCCUUCAACACGCAGACCCACAGGCUUCUCUUCCGGCCCGAUCCCAUCUGCUUCGCCUGAUCCCACCGCCGCAACAGCUAUUCCUCCUCCGUCUUCCUACAACAGCGUCCCUCCUCCGAUGGAUGAAAUCCAGAUAGCUAAGCAAAAGGCACAAGAGAUCGCAGCUCGUCUCCUCAACAGCGCUGACGCAAAACGUCCCCGCGUCGAGAAUGGUGCUUCUUAUGAUUACGGCGACAAAGGGUUUAGCUCUUACCCUUCCGAGGGUAAGCAGAUGUCAAACACAGCCCCAUCUUCGAUUCCGGUUUCGUAUGGUAGCUUUUCAGGAACUACCAAGAAGAUUGAUAUUCCGAAUAUGAGAGUUGGAGUUAUUAUUGGUAAAGGUGGAGAAACAAUCAAGUAUCUUCAACUUCAGUCUGGAGCCAAGAUUCAGGUUACUAGAGAUAUGGAUGCAGACCCGAAUGCUCCUACGAGAACUGUUGACCUAACUGGUACACCAGACCAGAUCUCUAAGGCAGAACAGUUGAUCAAUGAAGUCCUUCAAGAGGCUGAGUCGGGUGGUACAGCAGGUUCAGGUGGAGGCUCUCGUAGGAUGGGUGGACAACCAGGAUCCGAUCAAUUUGUUAUGAAAAUUCCUAAUAAUAAGGUUGGUCUUGUGAUUGGUAAAGGCGGUGAAACAAUCAAAUCUAUGCAAGCUAAGACUGGAGCUCGAAUUCAGGUUAUUCCUUUGCACUUGCCCCCUGGAGAUCCAACUCCAGAAAGAACUUUGCAGAUUGAUGGGGCCACCGAUCAGAUUGAACAUGCUAAACAUUUAGUUAAUGAAAUCAUCAGUGGCGAGCAUGGGAAGAGACAUCUAGAGAUUUCUGUUGUGUACGUUUAUGGAGUUUAUGCAGACAUAUUUGUUACAUCGCUUCUGGUCGCAGCAAUGGCUGAUCUUACACUGGUUUGGAUAGCCUUUGUGAGUUCCCUUGAUUUUUCCUGGAUUCGUUUCCUAGUCGAACCCUUCAGCCAUAACUUACUUCAGAAUGAUCAUAUCCUAGGGAAAGGGAUGGGCUUCUGCAGGAGUAACCCAAUAAUUUCACCAAUCAGUACGAACCGUAUGAGAAACUCAUCAAUGGGUGGAGGCUAUCCACAACAAGGUUACCAAGUCCGGCCGCCAUCAAGCUGGGCACAACCUGGUGCUCCUCCAGCACAACAGCCUGGUUAUGGUUACAUGCAACCUGGAGCAUAUCCAGGCCCCCCUCAGUACGGUCAAUCACCAUACGGAAGUUACCCUCAACAAACUUCGGCUGGCUACGCCGCCACCUGGGAUCAAUCCUCUGUUCCACCAUCCCAGCAGAGUGCCCAAGGUGAGUAUGAUUAUUACGGUCAGCAACAGUCACAGCUACCAAACAGUGGUGGUAGCUCAGCCCCACCGACAGACACCACAGGCUACAAUUACUACCAGCAUGCUUCUGGUUAUGGCCAAGCUGGUCAGGGAUACCAGCAAGACGGGUAUGGGGCUUAUAACGCCUCACAGCAAUCAGGAUAUGGUCAAGCUGGGUACGAUCAGCAACAGGGUGGUUACGGCAGCACCGCCAAUCCAAGUCAAGAGGAAGAUACAUCUCAAGCCGCUCCACUAUCAUCGACCCAGUCUGGACAAGCUGGGUAUGGUACAACUGGUCAACAGCCUUCUCCUCAAGGUAGUACUGGUCAGGCAGGGUAUGGAGCUGCUCCGACUUCUCAAGCUGGUUACAGCAGCCAGCCACCUACAGCUUACAGUUCCGGAUAUGGAGCACCACCAACGUCUGGAAAGCCACCGGCUUAUGCUCAGAACCAGCAGUCUCCGGGUGCUCCCGGGAGCUAUGGUGGUCAGUCUGGUUAUGCGCAACCAACUGCGUCAGGGUACGGACCGCCUCCAAGCUAUGGGUAUGGUCAAGCGCCACAAGGAUAUGGGUCAUAUGGAGGAUACACACAACCUCCUGCUGGUGGCGGUUACUCUUCUGAUGGGUCUGCUGGAGCCGCCGCUGGUGGUACCCCGGCUUCGCAGAGUGCUCCUCCAACUGGACCGCAGAAGGCAUCCCCAAAGAGUUGAUCAGUUUCAGCUGUUAUACAGGCUUCGUUGCUCUUUACCUUUUUUUUUUUAACUGAGGAUUCUUACUAUUUGUGUGUGACGUUUUAGUUUCUUAAUAUUUGAGAUAUUGGUUAAUGUUAUGUUUUAUCCGCUUCGUCUUCUAUUUGAGAUAUGAACUCUUAUACAAGAUUUUACGGUAACGUUUUCUUAAUGAUUUCAGAACAUUUUCAAGAAGCCCAAAAGCGUAUCCUCUCGAUUUUUCUGGAAUAUUUUAACAAGACACGCUUGACCGUAA